AUGAGCGAUCAAGGGGCUGGUGGCAUCGAAAGCCACGGCAGAGAUAGAAGGUUAUCGGAACCAACCUCGAAUACACGCGACGAUCAGAUGCAGCAACAGAGCACUCAGACAGAAACUCCAGGGCCUGAAGCAGAGGAACAGGCAACCCUACUGCAGAACGAUUCCCCCCGUGGUCACCUAUUGACACCAAACGCACAGAAUUCCGGGCUAUCUCGCAACCCAUCGACAGGCUCGAAUGCGUCCGAAACAUGGCCAUUGCCGAAAAGGAGGCAGAGUCGAAAGGCACCCCGGAGAAAUCCGUCUCAAAAGGCACUAUCACAGACACACGCGGCCAGGCCUUUGGAUCCGCCCGUUACGAAGUCGACAUUGGGCGAGCUGGACGUGAAUAAGAUUAUCCACAACCCAAAGUUGCGACACGACAUCAACUUCGACCCGGAGUUGCACUUCAGACCUAACAUGGAUGGCGAGAAGGGCAGGAGGAAGCAAGACAAGGCAAACCAAUUUUGGACGACGCUACGUGAUCAGUUGCAACAGUUCAUCACCAACCCAAUCGAGUUCCAGGAGCGGUUCCACAACCAAGAGUGGUGCUUACCACUGUUGCUUAGAUCAGUGAAGGAGAUCAUCCAGACUCUUGUUCCGGCUAGAGACCGUGUCUAUCUUGACGAAGGAUUGAAUGUGGAUCUGAUCAUGCAGCAGUUCAACCGUGGCGUUGCGGAUUUGGAGAAGCUUGCUUCAUGGUUGUCUGGUGUUCUCAAAUCGCAUUGUGCUCCCUUGCGAGACGAGUGGGUGGAUGAGAUGUACAACCAAGUCACAAACGGCAACCGAACGAACAAUAUGGAAGAGUUGGUUCAGGGCAUGCGAAGCCUCCUGAGCGUUCUGGAAGCGAUGAAGUUGGACGUGGCCAACCAUCAGAUCAGGUGCCUCCGCCCCAUCUUGAUUGAGGACACAAUUCAUUUUGAGCAGAAGUUCUUCAACAAGAAGAUUCUAAGCGGGAAGCUGGAGCCGUAUUCAGCACGAGAGUGGUAUCACCUAGCUUCCCACGAAUGUCAGCCAAACCAAGCUUCUAGGUCUGCCUUUGGCGAAAUGGCUGUGUUCUUCGAGGCUCUGUCGAGGCUGGUUCUUCCUUCCAACCCGGACCCCUUUCCGAACACAUUCCUUCUCGAUGAGGAGCGCCUCUUCAACCUUCGCUCCGACAUGUUGGACGCCAUUAACCUUGAGAUCUGCAUGCGGGUACAUGAAAAAAUGGAGAAGGAGUAUAGGCAGUACAAUUCAGCCAUCCCGACACCUUUCCUCGCCACUCCCCUCUCCGAUGCGUCCGGUUUCCUUUCCGCGGGUUCUGACGACGAGUCCAAUUUUAACUUCAACAACACCCGUUCGAGGCCGGCAAGUCUUGUCUUCUGGUCAGCUGGAUCGGCCAAUUCCUCUCCGCGAUCAUCGCUGAUCCUUCCGCCUGCCCCUACGUCGAAUCCAGUGGACGCCAGAACGAAGUCUCGGAAUUUGUACAUUUCUCUCGUGGCUCUACUCAACACGUCCACCUCCGCCCCCAGACCCAGUCACAAGUGGAAGGCAAUGAAGGACUCCUUAGCCCUGCAGAUCUUUAGAUUUACAGACGCACCACAGGAGGCUCUUCUACAAUUCGAAGACGAGCUGGACCAGCAUCUCAAUGAGCCUGACUCGCCACUGUUCCAGGAUGUCGAGCAACACUUCCACAGCCGGUUGGUAGCGGAGUUGCAGCUACGCGUGAAGGAGUUCAAGUCUCUCACUGGUGUUAACCUCUUCUCGGUGGCCACCGGUGGUCGUAUUCAUGGACCCGGCCGCACGUGGGACGGACCCCGGGAACGAAGCUCAGAGCGCGAUAUUCUGGAUAACUCUUUACGAGAGGCGCAGGAGGAGGGCGGAAUCGAGGACAUGGCUUCGAGGCUGACACACCUCGGUAUACUCCACUGGAGAGUCUGGUCGAGACUCGUGUACCACGCAGAAUUGGAAUCGGUGGGCGGUCGCCCUCAAAUAUUCAUUGCUGGACUUCGGUGA